CCCUUUAGUCUCUGUUCACUUCUUGACCCUACUCUUCAUCAACAUCUCAACAACACAUAUAAUAUAAUACACCUCACCAUGGAUAACGAGUCUCGAGAAAUCGUCCGUCUCUGGAGAGUCUACAGGACUGUGCAUCAGCUUUGCAACCACAGAGGAUAUCUUAUCUCUCAAGCCGAGUUGGACCAGGACCUCGAGGGUUUCAGAGCCUCGUUCGCCAGCCAUGGAAAGGUUGAUCGUAAUGCGAUGAUGUUCAUGGUUCAGAAGAAGGACGAUCCCGCAGAUCAGAUGCUGGUCUUCUUCCCCGAUGAGGCCUCAGUCGGUAUCAAGACCAUCAAGAAGUACUGUGAGUUGAUGGUGGCGAAGGGAGUGGGACGCGGAAUUGUGGUGUACCAGGACAAGAUCACGCCCUCGGCUGCGAAGGUGAUCAGCGAAGUGAGCCACAGCUACCACCUCGAAUCCUUCCAGGAGGCAGACUUGCUCGUCAACAUCACAGAACACACAUUGGUCCCACAACAUAUUGUUCUCACGCCCGAGGAGAAGGAGACUCUCUUGAAGCGAUACCGUCUGAAAGAGACUCAAUUGCCUCGCAUUCAACCUUCAGAUCCGAUUGCAAGGUACUACGGAUUGGCGCGUGGGCAGGUCGUGAAGAUUAUGAGGCCGUCCGAGACGAGUGGUCGUUAUGUCAGUUACCGUCUGUGCUACUAAAUGCAGAAUCGCACGCAUGGACAGCACAGGAAACCAAGGUGGACAAAUGAGUGACUCUCUUGUUCGGAACAAAGGAUACAAUUAUUUGCAGGGAAGCAAAGACCAGGGGCAAAGGCAUCAAUAAAGAAAAUAAUAAAAAAUAAAAAUAAAACUACAGAAAUCUGCGCUUCGCUG